AUGAAGCCCAUGAUUCUCAUCGCCGCAGCCUUUGGCCUCGCCACAGCAGCGCCCGUCUCCACCCUGUAUAAGCGAAUGCCGGUCGACAACCUUUUACGUUUAUCCAUGGCUUCUUUUCCCGACCAGGCAGUCAGGGACACGUACGCGAGCGACGUAUCGUCCAAGUGGCGAUUGUAUCCUUUGGCUCGGCUUGAGUGGAUGGCUCUCCUGUAUGGCAUCAAGUUGCUGGACUACGUAAAUAAAGGGCAAGACGAAACGGCCUCGAACAUUGUGCUUACUCUUUCCGAAUCUGGCAACGACGAGAAGUAUCCCGUCACAAAGGACGACAUGAACUCGUUUCUGGACAAGGUUUCCGACAUGAUAGCGCAGGAGCAAGCAAAGUCUUUGCCGUAG